AAAUAUAGGCAAUAGAUGAUGAGACGAUAAGUAAUAAAUCCAAAAUUCCACGGAAAAGGGAGAUUUGGAAGCGCAAGCUGCCUUUCUACAGGCGGCCAUCAACGCUCUCAAAUAUACUCUCAAAGUAACAAGAAGACGAAACGAAAUAUACGACGAUGUGUGAUUUCCGCGAUGUCAUGCCGAAGCGUAUUGUGAUCGCAGCAUUAAAGCUCGGUCGCGGUCAAUGGUACCUCUUCAAAGUCCAUUUAAGCAACAGCGGCGGUAGGGGCGGCGGGAGCGUCAGCUGGAGCGGCAGGCGCAGCCGGAGCGGGGGCAGGAGCCGGAGCCGGAGCAGCCGGGGCAGCAGCUGCCGGGGAAACGGGGGCCGCAUUAGCAGCGGCAUUAACGUCACCGUUGGUCUCAGUCUGAGGGCACUCGCGGGAGAUAUGACCCACAGCACCGCAGCGGUAGCAGGUCUUGCCGGCGGUGUUAAGGGGACCGCCGUUGGGGGCGGUGCAGUCGCGGGAGAUGUGGCCCUGUUACUUUUGUCAGUGGACGGUGUUCAACGGCCAAUAGUCUUCAAAGUCCAUACGAGCUUGCCGCAGGCAUAGCACUUCAUGGCCUGAGCCUGGCAGUCGCGAGCAAAGUGGUUGGGACCACCACAUUUGUAGCAGGUGGCAGGGCGGGGACCGCCAGCGUAGCCGCCGCGGAAGCCGCCGUUCAGACCACCGCGGGGGGCGCCAGCACCGCGGCCGACACCAGGCUGCACGUUGCCGGUACUAGGGCAAGAACGCUACAUGUUUCUCGUCAGUUAACACGCG